UCGACGUGAUGGAUGAAUACCAUAAAGCACAGAGUGGUGAAGAUGAAUCAAAAAAUGAAAAUAAAUGCAGCAAAAAAUUAUUUGUCAUCUCUGCCUUCGCAAACGUGUUCUUCCUCGGAGCAAUAACUUUCUUGGUCGCCUUUCAGAUAGUUAGGGGUUGUGACAAGAGGAAUGACCCCCCGGGAAGCGAACUUUCGGCAACACAGGAGGACGUGUUCUUUUCGUGUUCACCUUGUUCCCCCAUGAUGAAAGCCGAGGAUGUUGACACAAUGAAAUAUCAAAUUGGGAACAACUCCACUGUAUGUUGUAAGAGAAUCACUACCAACGUCCGACUUCAGGUACCAAACACGGGACAUCUGUUACAGGCAUGUCGAUCAAAAGCAGGUGAUAACAGUUCUAUUGGGGCACUCCUGUAUAUCAACCCAGAUAGAUAUCACAAAGACGAGUCAGGAUUGCACUGGUCCCAAGUGAAUGGAUCAUCCUACAUAAACGGGGGCAUAAAAUACGAAGACAUGAUGGAGUAUGGCAAACUAAUUGUCCCAAGUGAUGGAAUUUAUGUAGUCUACAGUUAUAUACAAUUUGACAGUUACACAGGGGAGAGCACUCUGGACCGAACAAAGUCAGCAAUGCUUUCACUCUUUAAAAAUGGAAAAGAACUCGUGCAUCUGAACAAGUUCACGCUGCGACGAUUCAGUUACACCUCAAGUCAAGUGGGACCAAUUUUGAUCCCAAUGAAGACUGGAGAUAGUAUUCAUGUUGCAGUCAGCAAUGCAAAGAUUAUCUAUAAUAACCCACGGUCGAGUGUUUUUGGCAUUUUUAAAUUAUGA